AGCCCUCCUCCCUCUCGCGCCGCCACCAUCUCUCUUCCCCUUUUCUUCUUCCCUCCCAUGAACAGAAACAGAGACUGGAGAAAACCCACUGCCACCAUCGUCCUCACCAUGGCGCCGCCGCUAGAGGCCACCCCUCGCCGAGCCAAGGGUACCAAAAGAUGCGCCUUGUCCACCUCUUCAUCCUGGUGCAAGGAAUCGAGCCGGUGCGCUCUAAAUCAUCGAGAAAAUCGCCGAUUCUUCUCCGACUCCGGCAACAAAAUCCAUCAAUUCCGGCCACCCUCGUCCUCCUCCGGCCAAACCGAGAACACCUCCGGCUUCCUCGUGUUCAGGCGCACCUCCGACGGCCUCUACCUCGUCCAGGUUCGCUCCCAGUCGCCGAGUUCAUCUCCGACCUGCGAGCUCCGCCAUGGCCUUCAUCCCCGAGCUUCGCCUCGUCUACCUCAAAGCACGACGCGCCUCGUUCCGUACAACCAGUGAGCAGCAACGUGGUGAUCUUGCGAACAGAGCUGCUUCAUUUUGGUCAGAGCCGUUCCAAAAUCAACAUCACCAGCAGGCCGGCUGGAUCCGCUGAUGGGCCUAGCCCAGUUCUGUCCGACGCAGCUUGCUCCCCACGCGGCCCGAAUCUACCCAUCGCCGAUGCACAGCAGAUCCGGCCCAGGGCAUUGCAGGUGUCUAGCAGCGAUAUCGGCAGCGACAAGGAGGAUCAGCACACCAAGGCUCCUGAGCAGUGCCGCGGAGGCUGCAGAGUCGACUCGGCCCGCCUCCUACUUCGCCAAAGGUUUCUACAAGUGCCCCUUCUGCACUAG